GGGAAUUGUACUUUCUUUCUUUAUCACCGAGCUAAUUUGGAUCCGGUGCAUUCAAUAUGGCGGACGGAAUCGAUAGACGCGCUGAUGACAAGAUGGAGUUUAACACCUCCAAGGAGGUGACGGUGGCUCCGACCUUCGAGGAUAUGCACUUGAAGGAGAGCCUACUCCGUGGUGUCUACGCAUAUGGUUAUGAGUCCCCCUCCGCGGUGCAGUCGCGUGCAAUUGUGCAGAUCUGUAAAGGUCGCGAUACGAUUGCGCAGGCGCAGUCCGGUACCGGUAAAACCGCAACCUUUGCGAUCAGUAUCCUGCAGGUUAUCGAUACGGUGGUGCGCGAAAGCCAAGCGCUCGUCCUUUCCCCGACCCGCGAACUGGCGACCCAAAUUCAGUCGGUCAUCAUGGCCCUCGGCGAUUACAUGAACGUGCAGUGCCACGCCUGUAUCGGAGGAACAAACAUUGGCGAGGAUAUCCGGAAGCUCGACUACGGCCAGCACGUCGUGUCCGGUACGCCCGGGCGAGUGGCAGACAUGAUCCGACGGCGCCACCUGCGCACGCGGCAUAUCAAGAUGCUGGUCCUCGAUGAGGCCGACGAGCUCCUGAACCGCGGGUUCCGCGAACAGAUCUACGACGUCUACCGGUACCUUCCGCCGGCGACGCAGGUGGUGGUCGUCUCCGCGACACUCCCCUACGACGUCCUCGACAUGACGACGAAGUUCAUGACGGAUCCCGUGCGCGUGCUGGUCAAGCGUGACGAGCUGACCCUCGAGGGCAUCAAGCAGUACUUCAUUGCCGUUGAGAAGGAAGAGUGGAAGUUCGAUACGCUGUGCGAUCUCUACGACACCCUGACCAUCACGCAGGCGGUCAUCUUCUGCAACACUCGCCGCAAGGUCGACUGGCUGACGGACAAGAUGCGCGAGGCCAACUUCACCGUCUCCAGCAUGCACGGCGAGAUGCCGCAGAAGGAGCGCGACAGCAUCAUGCAGGAUUUCCGCCAGGGUAACUCGCGUGUGCUCAUCUCUACGGAUGUUUGGGCCCGCGGUAUCGACGUCCAGCAGGUCUCGCUCGUCAUCAACUACGAUCUCCCCACCAACCGUGAGAACUACAUCCACCGUAUCGGCCGAAGCGGUCGUUUCGGCCGCAAGGGUGUCGCCAUCAACUUUGUCACUAGCGACGACGUACGCAUUCUGCGUGAUAUUGAACUGUACUACUCGACGCAGAUUGACGAGAUGCCGAUGAAUGUUGCCGACCUCCUCUCAUAAUUCAACCACAAAACUCACGAUCCAUCCACGGCCCACUCGCGCCUUUACCCCACGGACGAUACCCCUAAAUACGCUCCUACCCACAGAAAAAAGGGCCGUGGCCGUGCCAGGAGCAAAGACACCCAGAUCAAGCAUGGGAGGCCAAACCAGCGUGGAGGAAAAGGGAAAAUACCCAAAUUGGUACGCCCACCACCAUAUCAAAACACAUAUCCAUCCAUCCAUCCAUCCAUCC